AUGAAAAGGAAAACUUGUGCUGAUAACAGAAGUAACGGACCAAACAUUUCAAAGAUGUUGAGAUUCACACCGGGUAAGAACGCUGACGUCAACGACAUUGAUGCCAUUGUUACGCCGCCGGGUUACUACAAGGAGAAUAGCUGGUUAUCAACGGAGACGCCACCAACAGUGAGCAGCACCGACAACGACGGAUCCUUCGCAGAGGUCGGUUGCAAGCCACUUGGUCGCUUCCUUUCGUUUGACGCAAAGAGAAGCUUGUUUUCCGGCAAACGUCUCGCAGAGCAAGCAGACGAUUCUCCCGCUACAAAAAGACUGCGCGAAACAGAGUCGGGUAUUGGCUGCAUAUCGUUAGAGCCAUUUUCUCCGAUCUCAGAGAAUGUUGACGUCAAGUCUGUGGUUCACCGACUGUCUACCGACGAUGCCGUGAUUGCCGACGGAUCUCGUUCUUGUACUCUCCCGACGAUCGCCGGUAAACACAGUGACCUCAAGGCUAUUUCCCCUGAAACGAUGAAUGACGUUCUUCAGGGUUGCUAUGACGACGAGUUAGAUCACGUGACUGUCAUUGACUGCAGAUACCCGUACGAGUUUGAUGGUGGUCAUAUUAAGGGUGCCGUGAACUUGUUUACGCGUAGUGCUAUACAGGAGUUCCUCUCACGACACAGUUGUUCUCACGCUUCCCCCAAGAAACACGUGAUAAUCUUUCACUGCGAGUUCUCGUCAGAAAGAGGUCCUAAAAUGUAUCGUCAUCUACGCAGUGAGGACCGUGCCAUGAACAAAGACCAGUACCCCCGCCUCAACUUCCCAGAAAUCUACCUGCUCGAGGGAGGUUACAAGGCAUUCUUCUACAAGUUUAUGGAACAAUGCUUUCCGCAGACGUACAAGCCCAUGCUGCACAAGGACCAUGCAGCUGAUCUACGUCACUUCCGGGGAAAGUCUAAAUCGUGGACUGCCGGUGAGAGACCAUUACUCACACGCACCACCCUGAGAUUUUAGUGCUAAAUGACCCAUACUUGCUAUGGACAUUGGAAUGGACAUAUAAGCAUAUCUGUGAUAAAAUGCGCAAUACGUUAUGACAGUUUGAAUAGAUACUUUCGUUUCAUCUGAAAUCAUUUAGUAAUACAUAGUGUUUCAGUUGUGAGAUAUCAAAUGCUCACAGCAUGUAAUACGUGAACAUAUUUCGUACUGAUGUUACUUAUAGUGGUUCUACGUGCGCGAGCUCUCUGAGUGUGUUGUUUCCAUGUAAUAAUAUGAUAGUUACUUUAGUUUUCUUUCUUUGUAUUAUCUUUUUUGUUUUAUUAUAAUUUUUUUUUUAAAUGCACCCUUUUGUUAAAAAGAUUUUUAAUAUGACAAUUGAGUAUUAACUCAUUCUGCACGCGCGCGAUUAAUUCGUUGGUCGAUUGUUAUCUGUAAACCGCGUGCCGCUUCAAUAUGAUAGUUACUUUAGUUUUCUUUCUUUGUACUCUUUUUGUUUUUUCUCUGUCAUUUCCAUAAAGAAAAUUAUCAUUAAAAAGGGUCAAGCAAAUAUGGAAAAUCUUUUAUAUAUUAU